CUCUCUCUAUCCCAAAUCUCUCUCCAGCAAUUGGGCGAGUGGAUAAUCGGUGGGCAUCGGAAAUACAAGGUGAAGUACACUUCCCCAUCUGCACGCGCCGCCGCCGAUGGCGUACUCGCCCUUAUCCCUCUGUCUACCGCCUUCUACUCCCAAAGCGGAGCUGGUAGCUUCAACCUCGUCGACAUUAUUUACGGCCUCUUCUUCAAUUAGAAAAGCCCUUUCUCCGCUGCCGUCUUUCCCGAGUUGCCGCAGCUCAAUCGUGGCGCGUGGCCACCGGAGAUCGUUGAUUGUCGGCAUGGCUCCCGAAGAAGAGAAGAUGACUCGCCGUUCGCCUCUCGAUUUCCCCAUCGAGUGGGAUAGGCCAAAGCCUGGAAGGAGGCCUGAUAUAUUCCCGCAGUUCAGCCCUAUGAAGACUCCGUUACCACCACCCAUGCCGGCUGAUCCUGAGGAAGAUGAAGAAGAGGAUGAAGAGAAAAAGGAAGAAGAGGAGGAAGACCCUGAGAAGGAGGAUCCCGACAAGCCAGACCAGUAGCGCCCAUAGGCCAUUACAUGAAAUCUUGGAUGUGGCUUCACUUGGAGCCAUCUCAGUUUUUUGUGUUCCAAAUGUCUUUGUACUAGAUGAGUAUUCUGCAAGGAUCUAGAUAAACUUGUAGGCAAUAUAUCUCUUCUAAACCUAAA